CCAAUGUAUCUGAUCGCAUCGUUACACUCUUACGCGUGAGGCAAAACUCAAUACACGCAGGUCCACGUUGUGACGCGCGCUUUUGUAGGGGGAGGAAGGGAGGGUUGGGAGAGCGAGCACAUGUAUCUGCAGCAAGCCGGGAGUCAGACCCGUAAGUGAAGAGGUUAUCAGCAUCUGAGUGGAGCGGACGGACCCGCUUGAGGAGGCGGUGGAAAGCGAGAGCGCGAAGAUGCUGAGCCGGAAGCAGCAGCCUCACCAGCCAACGAGAGAUACUGCGGUAACUUUGGAGCGCCUGUGAAGUUUGAUCUCCGCCGUUCGUCGCUCCAUCCCGCCCGGUUCCCCGCAACGAGCCGCUCUCCGUUUACGAUGGUCGGUGCAUCGGUCCGCGGUGCGCUCCUCCUGUGCGUAUCCCUCCAGCUCUUCUCCAUGCCCGGCGGACAGGUGCCGACGUGCCAGGAGGUGCGCACUGUGUUCCAGUCCCUGCAUCCGGGCUCCAAGUGGGUCCCCGAAACCCCGGUCUCAGGUGCAGAUCUGCAGGUUUGCCAAACCAAAGGCCCGACCUGCUGUUCAAAGAAAAUGGAGGAGCGGUAUCAGGUAGCCGCGCGCAUCAACUUGGAGUCUGGUCUGCAGGUUGUCAGUGCUCAACUCAAACGCCUCAUCAUCCAGAACGCCGCCAUAUUCCAAGAGGCCUUCGACCUGGUGCUGCGUCACGGCCGUAACUUCACGCUCGCCAUGCUCAAGUCGGAGUUCCCGGGUCUCGGAGGCGGAGCCCAGAGCUCCGUGGGGCAGCUGUUCCUGGACAUGUCGCUCUACAUCCUGGGCUCGGACUCCACGGUGGACCAUAUGGUGGCGGCCCUUUACGGUCGCCUCUUUCCCCUGGCCUACCGCCGCCUGCUGGGCGGCGUCGCGUCCUCCGCGUCCGAGGAGUGUGUCAGAGGAGCCUGGAAGGACUCUGGAGCGUUCGGCCCGUAUCCCAAGCUGAUGAUGACCCGUCUGUCUCGCUCCCUCCUGGCCACGCGCGUCUUCCUGCAGGCGCUGAACCUGGGCAUCGAGGUGGUCAACACCACCGACCACCUGCGGCCUGGCCGGGACUGUGGGCGGGCCUUGCUGAGGCUGUGGUACUGCCCGCACUGCCAGGGCCUGCUGGGACCCCCGGCCUGCAGGGGCUUCUGCCAGGCCGUGAUGCAGGGCUGCCUGGGGGGAGCGGCCGAGGUGCAGCCGCACUGGAGGAGCUACGUGGAGGGACUGGGGAAGGUGGCCGGCGCCAUGCGAGGGGAGCAGGAUCUGGAGGCUGUCGUUCUUAGGGUGCCUUCCAUGAUCAAACUGGCUCUCAAGCACGCUGUGGGCGCCCGCACCCGCCUCACUGCCCUGGUGAGCGGGAUGUGUGGAAGCUCUCCUCCACGCGCCUCCCGCUCUGUGGCAUCCCCCCCCGCUCCUCCUCCUCUUCCUCCUCAGGCCGCCGCCUCCGCGGCCCGCCCCCCGGACUAUGACGAGACUCUGGGCGGCCUCCGCAGGGAGUUCAUAUCCAACCUGAGGGGCUUCAGCUCCUUCUACAGCGGUCUCGGGGAGGCGCUGUGCAGCCGCGAGCCCGCUCCGACGAACCAUUCCCUCUGCUGGAACGGCCAGGAGAUGACGGACAGGUUUCCUGGGCCGGGCCUGAAGCGAUCGCACCCCGGCUCUGAGGUCCGAAGUAACAAGCCCCCUGAGCCGAUCAUCAGCCAGAUGAUUGACAAACUCAAGCACAUCAACCAGCUGCUGCGCCUGGUGACCGUGUCUGACAAGCGCUGGAGAGCCCGGUCGCAAGGCGGUGGAGCGGACCCGUGGAGCGACGACGGGGAGGAGGGGUUGGAGAGCGGCGACUGCGACGACGAGGACGAGUGCAGCGGAGUGUCGGGCCUGGGACCGCCGCCGAGACGCAAGCGCUUGCGCAUCUUUGCAGACCUGGCCGAUAACCUGGCCAUGGACGACUUCACCUUCCAGGAGCAGCUACUGACCCCCCGUCUGGCCACGGGCGGCGCCUCACCUGCCGCUGAGCUGUGGAGGAGCCGCCUGGUCCCGACACUCGCCGUGGCGCUCGCUCUGCUCCUGCUCCGCCCCCACUGACCCGCUGCGUUCUCCCACUCUUCACUUUUCUCCCCGUAGGAUUCAAUAGGAACUCGGUGGAACCGUUUCUUUUAUUAUUAUUUUUCAUUCGGCUCCCGGUGUGAAGUUCAGGGCCUCCUCAAAGGGAGUGUUGAACAAUGAAUG